AUGCGGCGCUGUAGUCAGCCGAGGCGGCGCAUGCGCAGAUGUCGCAGCGGCGGUGCGGCGGCGGCGGCGGUGGAGACGCUCACGUUCGGCAGUCGGCGGCCCGCGCUCGCUGCGUCGCGACGCCUCGAAGCUCGGCUGCGUCCUGCGACCCUCAGCGGCGUCCACGGGACUUGGCGCGCCGCGGAAACCGAGUCGCUCAUCCGGCAACUCUCCUCUGACAGGCGACCAGGAGAACUCGUACACAUGGCGAUCUUCCCAUACGCGGUCACCGUCAUCGCCGUAUGCCUGGCAGGCGGCGGCGCGAGCAGCGACGGGCUGCAGGGCCCCGUGUUCCUGCAGGAGCCGCCGCACCGCGCAGACUUCUCCAACUCGACCGGCGUGGCGCUGCAGUGCUCCGCCCACGGGAACCCGCCGCCGACUAUCUCGUGGCUGCUGCCGGACGGGCAGCGCGCUCGCGACGUGCCGGGCCUGCGGCAGGCGCUGGCCAACGGGACGCUGCUGCUGGCGCCGUUCGCCGCCGAGGACUACCGGCCGGACGUGCACGGCGCCGCCUACCGCUGCCUCGCCUCCAGCUCCCUCGGCGCCAUCCUCAGCCGACGCGUACAGGUCCGGGCAGUGGUGAAGCAGUUCUACGAGCUGCAGGUGUACGACGAGUUCGUGGUGCUGGGCAACACGGCGGUGCUGCGCUGCCACGUGCCGUCGUUCGUGCGCGACUACGUGGCCGUCACGUCGUGGGUGCGCGGCGCCAGGGAGCGCAUCACCGCAGACGUCAGCACAGGCGGCCGGUACUCGGUGUUCGCCUCUGGGGAGCUGCACAUCCGGCACGUGACGCACGCGGACGGCGCGCUCGCCUACCGCUGCGAGGCCAGGCACAGGCUCACCGGGGAGACGCGGCUCAGCACCGUCUCCGGCAGGCUGCUGGUGACGGAGCCGCAGAGCUCGGUGCCGCCCCGCAUCACGGACUCCCGCAGUCACGUGACCGUGCGCCUCCGCGAGCCGGCGGAGCUGCCCUGCGCCGCCCAGGGCUUCCCCCUGCCCACGUACACGUGGUACCGGGGCCGUGGCGGGCAAAGCGUUGCUGUGACAACGGACGAGCGCGUGAUCCAGGUGGGCGGCAGCCUGUACCUGCGCAGCGCCCAGCUGGAGGACUCUGGCCGCUACACCUGCGUCGUCAACAACAGCGUGGGCAGCGAGCGAGCCUCCACCUCGCUGCUCGUCACCAAGCAGCUGUCGGCCUACAUGAGCCCGCAGGUACAGGUGGUGGACGUGGGGAAGACAGCGCUGUUCAACUGCACGACGGACGGCCACCCCAAGCAGUCCGUAGUCUGGCUCAAGGACGCGCAGCUGCUCACCCCCUCCAGCAGGGUGCGCCUGCUCGCCUCAGAGACACUGAAGAUAGCGCACGUAGAAAGAUCAGAUAGGGGAAUGUACCAAUGUGUGGUGUCCAACGCAGAAGAAACGGCACAAGGAACAGCUCAACUGAAGCUUGGCGACGCAACGCCGGUGCUGCUGCGCACGUUCGCGAACGCGACGCUGGCGCCCGGCUCGGCGUGGUCGGCUCAGUGCGAGGCGUCGGGCUCGCCGGCGCCCGCCGUCUCCUGGGCGCUGGACGGCGCGCCGCUCGAGUCGUCGCCGGGCGGGGAGCGCGUCGCCGUCAGCAACCGCGUCACCGCCGACGGCGUCCUCAGCUACCUCAACGUGUCCGCCCUGGCGCCAGAGCACGGCGGCCGCUACGCCUGCUCCGCCACCAACGCCGUCGGCUCCGUCACGCACCAGGCGUACCUGCAUGUGAUUGGCCCACCGUAUAUCAAACCAAUGCAGGACAAGAGAGUGGUUGCCGGAACGACUGUCACCUUCAACUGCUACGUCACGGGGUACCCCAUCAGCAGCAUUUACUGGGAGAAAGAUGGAAGACCUCUUAUUGAUACUCACCGCCAAACGGUGUUUUCAAAUGGAACUCUUCUGAUCAGAGACAUCCGUAAAGUGGACGACGAGGGCGGAUAUGUCUGCGUGGCCAGCAACCCAGAUGGAGACACCGCCAGAAGGAAAAUGAAUGUUCAAGUCAUGGAGGCGCCGGAGAUCGAUCCCAUAUUGGUCAAGUCUAACCUUCAGCGAGGAAUGAGAAUCCAUCUGACAUGUAUUAUCAGUAAAGGAGAUUUUCCAGUGUCCAUUCGUUGGCUAAAAGAUGGCAAGGCAAUUCCUCAUGGGCAAGGAAUCACAGAAAAGACAAUAGACGAUUACUCGAGUACACUGAGCUUCAACGGCCUCGCUGUGAAUCAUUCUGGAAAUUAUACAUGUCAGGCGUCGAAUGCGGCAGCCAUCACGAACUACACGGUACCGAUCAUAGUAAAUGUACCUCCGUCGUGGCAAACAGAGCCCAACGACACAGAGGUAGUGCUUGGUAGCAGUCUUAUGGUGGACUGCGCAGCUGAUGGUUCUCCCACGCCACGCAUUCAGUGGAAAAAGGAAUCACCAAUUCCUGUGUCUCCGUUCCAAGAUAUACACAGAACAGAAAAUUUCAAAGUUCUUGAGAAUGGCAGUCUGUGGAUACAAGACGUGCUUCUAGAAGAUAAAGGCUAUUACGUCUGCGAAGCCAAUAGCGGUAUCGGAGUUACUCUCAAUAAGGGAAUCUACAUCACCGUACAUGUCCCAGCAAGGUUUUCCACAGCAUUUCACAAUGUUACUGCGAGAAAAGGCAGCACUGCAAUACUGGACUGUGUAGCUGACGGAGAUAAACCACUAGAAAUAAAAUGGCACCAUGCAAACCGCUUGCUUAAACCGGAUCACGUAAAAAUGGACGUGAAGGAAGAAAAGCUGGAUUUUGGGCUUCGCUCAAAACUGACGAUAAAGCAUGUUCAUCGAGACGAUUCGGCUUUAUUCGGAUGCUUAGCCAGCAAUAAAUAUGGCAGUGACCGCAUGGAAUUCCAUCUGAUUGUUCAAGAAAACCCAGAACCACCCUUUAGCGUUCGUUUGAUUAAUUUUUCGAGCAGAACAGCCAAUAUUAGCUGGGAGAUGCCUUAUGAUGGAAACAGCCCGAUACACACUUUCAUUAUACAGAUCAAAAAUGUUUCAGGUUCUUGGGAGAAUAGUCGACGCGCAGCAGUGAGCGGCACUCAGAAGAAAGCUUCCGUCAUUGGGCUUCAUCCUGCUCAUAGCUACCAGCUGCGGGUACUUGCAGAAAAUUCUGUUGGUGUAUCAAACGCAAGUGACGUCGUGUCUGUUACGACAACAGAAGAAGUACCCGGUGGGCCACCUCGUGAUAUACAAAUCAAAGUGAGAAAUUCGGAGGCCCUGCUUAUCACUUGGAAGCCGCCAGAAAUUCAUCUGCAACAUGGUGAAAUCACUGGGUACCAUGUCGGUUAUCGAGUGAGAAAUUCGACAGGCCCUUUCCAUUUUAAGACCUACGAAGUAAUACCAGGUACAGAUCUGCAAAUAACCUUGUCAAAUUUGCGCAAGUUCACCGAAUACAAUAUCGUCGUGCAAGCCUACAACAGGGCUGGUGCGGGACCACGGAGUGAGGAAUACAUUGCUUCAACUGACGAGGACGUUCCUGGAGCUCCUCCAACUGAUGUACAGUGCACUGCUUUAUCAGCAUAUAGCAUUCUGGUUCUGUGGUCACCACCUCCUGCCAAGGAAAUAAAUGGCAACCUGGUUGGCUACAGAGUUGUAUACCAUGCACUUUCCAACUGGGAUGAUAUGAUUACCAUGGAUGAACAUACAACAAUAGAGAACAAGUUAGAACUUUUGGAUCUCGUUCCUUUCUGUAAUUAUAGCAUAGAAGUGAAAGCCUUCACACGAAAGGGAGAUGGAGUGCCUAGUCGACCUAUCUUCUGCCGAACACAGGAAGAUGUUCCAGGAGAACCUGAAGACAUUAAGGCACUGGUUAUGGAUUCAAGAACAAUACUAUUGUCCUGGAGAGCUCCUAAAUAUCCGAACGGAAGAAUUAAGAAAUACAAAGUAUACAUGCGGUCCAUAGAUGGCGUUGGAUUGGACAGGGACCAGUACGAUUUGCCUUCAGAGCAGACCUACUACAGUAUAUCGCAUUUGGAAACUCACCACAGAUACGAAUUCUGGGUGACAGCCUUCACUAUCGUCGGAGAGGGCAAUCCAUCGAGGCGAGUGGUACAGGCACCAACCAACCACGUUCCAGCCAGAAUUGCUUCAUUCAGUGAAUCGAUGACGGUGGCAUGGAAGGAAGAACUCAGACUACCAUGCUUAACAGUGGGACAACCCGCUCCACUUUUACACUGGACUAAAAAUGGAAAAAAUGUCCAAGGAAACAGACAUGUACAGAUCAAUUCUGAGGGUACAGUUUAUAUCAGCUCCGUGCAGAGCACGGAUGCAGGAAACUAUUCUUGUUCAGCAGAAAACGUCUUCGGGAAGGAAGAAAUUGUAUAUUCCGUAUCUGUCCAAGAGAGCAGAAGCAAAGGCAUUCCAUCUGCUCCAACAGACUUUCAAGCAUCUUCUCACUCUACAUCCACCAUCAGCCUGACAUGGCUGCCACCUCCAUCUAGAGGGAGUACUGUAAAAGGUUAUUAUCUACAUUUCAAAAGAGAAUUUGGUGAGUGGGAGAAGAUAAAGAUCCCUGCUCAUGAAUCACAUUUCACUUUAAAAAAUCUCCAGUGUGGUACCAGACAUCAGUUCUAUCUUCAAGCAUUUAAUCAACUAGGUCAGAGUUCUCCAACCCCUACAAUAUCACAGCGGACUCAAGGUUCUGCUCCAGUAGCACCUAACAUUUUUGACCUCAUACAUGUCAAUUCAACCUCAAUUUCUCUAAAUGUUUCAUCAUGGGGUGAUGGUGGCUGCCCCAUUACAUCAUUUGUCGUGGAAUAUAAAUUGAAACAUGGAGUGGACUGGACACUGGUGUCAAAUAAUGUCAAGUUUGACCAAACAGAAUUUUUGGUGCUUGACUUGAAUCCAGAGACAUGGUAUACACUUCGAAUGACUGCACAUAAUAGUGCUGGUUCAACUAUCUACAAAUAUGAUUUUGUAACUCUUACUCAUUCAGGAGCUAUUGUUGCUCCAGAGCUAAUUGUUCACUCUGGUUAUGGGCAAGGUAGUUUACUGAAUGAUUUAGGAAUAAUAAUACCAACAGUGGCUGCCUUAGUAAUCAUAGUUGUUUCUGGUGCUGGAUUUUUCUUGUACAUGAGGAAAAAACAGGAAAUGUUUCAAGCGAAUAAAUAUGGAGAGAAACCAUCAGAGAUAGGACUUGUACCUGAUGUUGGGAAGGUUGGAGGAUGUGAAUCUGAUACAACUGCGGGAGGCAGUAAUGGCUGUAGUGGAAUGAUGAGCUCAAGCCCACAUGAAUCAGUCUGCUUGCCCACACCAAUGCGUGUGUCAUUGGGACGCAGGCAAGAUAUUAGUCCAUAUGCAACUUUCCAGGUCCCCAAUUCCAUGGGGAGUGAAGGUGCAGUGGAAGGUGUCCCACUCACUAUGGACCAUUGCUCUCAGGGUCAGCCUCUGGAAGGAGUCAAUGUUGACAUAUACAAGUAUGGCAGCAGUGCAGAUUCUGUCUACACAAAAAUUUGUAAAACAUCACAGUAUGAUGAUGAUGCUGUGGACUGGAUCCCACUUCACAGUUUGUACAAAUCCCACAGGUACUGACAUUAAACUGUUUUGCGGCAAGCAGGCCUCUGUCUUCCAAACCAUUUCCUCCAAUUUGUGACAUUUGCAUACAAACAAAUGAGGAGGAGUUUAUGGAUUUAAUGGUCUACAAUACAUUCAAGUGCCUUUUUCUAAAAUUUUGUGAGUACAGUUUUCAAGUUGCCAGUCAAAAGAAAAUAUUUCCUCUGCUACACCUUAAGUGCCCACUGUGUACAAGUGCUUGAGGCUUCUGCACCCUCAAUGUUAUGCAGUACACUGAAGCACAAUAACUGGAAGAAUAAUGUGAGAAACAUAUACAUACAAAGGCUUAAAAAUAUGUGUCAAUUUCUCAGUGUUCCCUUCCAUUUGUAUGGCAUACAUUUCACAAUAAAUGCAUGUGGAAUAGCUGGAAAAUCCCUUUGCAAUAUUUGUUGCAUCAUUGUUGUGACUAUAUAAUACUACUCAUUACUGUAUAAAUUUUUAUAAUUGAUUGUAGCAGUAUUUGUGUCACUGAGUUUUUCAAGAAGUUCUGUGCAGAUGUAUACAAGAUAAUAUACCAAAAUACUGCAAUCCACAAGUAUUUAUUUUGGACAUAUUACAUAAAUACUUCCGUAAGUGUACUUAAACGGGGUAAAUAAUCAAACAUCAUUAACGUUUUAAGUUUUGAAUGCAACAGUGUUAACCAUGUUGUCAUGAAUGACGUCAUGCUCACAGGAAGUUAACAGGUAUGCUGACAUUUAGAACCGGCCAUACAGUCGCAGUGAUUAAAAACAAUAAGUAAAAUAUGUGAAUUGAAGAUUGCAUCUAUGGUAUUGUUUGUCAAGUAUUUGACAUAAGAAAUGCUCUUCUGUUUUGUAAACUUGUUACAUGAUGUAUGUCUGUUUAUCUCACCAGAUAAUACUUUGAAGCUUCUUGUACUUCUUGAAAAUUCAAACAACAACAGAUGGAAGUAACUUUUAACCAGAUUAUUGCAGUCUCAUAAAAUUUUGUUGGAAAUAUAAGCUAUAAAAUGUUUGCAUCUUGAUAUAUUUAUUGUCAAUGAAAGAGAAAGAAAUUAAAUUAUUUUGAACAGAA